AAAAAUAACGUCUAAUGACGUUAACUCGUAUUCGAGAAUUAUAUGAACACUUCUUCUGGAUAUAAAAUCCAAAAUUAUACGCGAAAAUCCUCAUAAUGUCCAUUUAAAACCAAUUCACGCCUCUCACUCAAUUUAUUCUAUAUGCAUGUUUAUAUUCAGAUUGAAAGAGUGAUGCCCGCCCCUCAGUCAUUUUCCUGUUGUGCUCGACACGUCAUGUGGCGAAGACACAAACGUCUAUAAGAUUUCGACAUGAGUUGCCUUUCAUGUGAACAACAAAACCUUCAGGUCCGAGCUGAAACACUGCUGCCUAUUUUCUGGGAAAAUGAGCCUGCAAGCGUACUAAACAACUUCAAGUCUUUGAUUUGUCUGACGUCAUCCUGGUUCCCAGACCCUCUUUGUCUACUGCGCGGUACGAGGUUAUAAAAGUGAGCGGCCUCUGUUGGAAUAAAUCAAUGCUGUUGCAGUUGCUGUAGUUGACUGACGCUCAAGAUUUUUCAAGCGACGCUUUUCAGAUAAAUGUGAGUUUUGAUAGGGAUAAAUUUAUUGAUAAAUGUAUAUAUAUCAGGCUACUAGUUAUGUCAAUCUGUUGAAGAGUUUUUAUGAAAAUUUCGAUCAAAAAUCGAAUAAGACCUGACCGGAAAGUCUACGUGAAAUGGUAUAGCAUAGACCUUCCGCCAUGCGAGAAUCGAGUCAGUCUCCCUGCGAUUCCAGUGCAGCGCUCUGACCACUGAGCUAGCUAAAGAGUCCAGUCCACAAGAUCUUGUAAAUAUAGUGAGGUGACGACAUACUAUGGGCCUAUAGCUGCAUUUUUCGCAACGGCUCCUGGUUAUAUGUAAUAAAUGUAUAAAAUAUAAACAUAUAUUAAAAUACUAUAUAGAUCACAAAGGCACAAGUUAACAUUUUACGUCGUUAUUUUUCAGAAACAAAACUACGCCAUGCAGUCCAUGCCGAAUCUCGCUUUGGUCCUGUCUCUGUUGUGCUGUGGCCUGGCCGCAUCUGUUGAAAGUAUCAAACAGGUAUGUGUCAACUCAUUUUAUAGAAGUAGAACUCUAGCUUUACUUUGUAAUGAAAUUUAUGUUUACAUGUGGUAACAAAAAGUAGCCACUAUAUCGUCUGCAAGACCACUGUGAACUGUGAUCAACUGGUGACGUCGCUUGUAGCAGGCAAUCAGAACAGGCGAAUUGCAUUGUUAUCUGAACAUUUUUUUAUAUUUUCGCCAUGUUUAACAGUUCUAUUAAAAGUUUGAAUAUUUUAGUGAAAUAUUUAACACGCCCAGCAAUUGGGCUAACUAUGUUUAAAUAAUAUAAAUUUGCGGUGCAUGGCUGUUAUGUAUUGCCAUUUGUGGUUUCUAUUCGGGCGGGCUUAGACGGCACGGGGGGAAAAUAGCUCUAUCAGUUCUGACCAUUGAUAUCAAAGGUUCUGACUUCCGCAAUAAUAUGUAGACGUUAGACAAAGUAAAAUAACAAAGUUGUGGGCAUCAGGGCGCAUUGCCAAUUAAAGCGUUAACUAUCAUUAACUCUGCCGAAAAUCGUAGGUUUUCUCCGGAUGCUCCGUUUUCCUCCCACAGGAAAAGUUGACAGAGUGGAUUAGGAUAAACACAGUUAGGAAUUAAAGUAAUAUCUCAAUUGUUGUAAAGAUGAAUAGUCUGGGCUAAGUAAGUAAUAUGAGCGUAAUACUUGAUGUAUUCGGUCACUGAAAAGCAUGUAAUGUAAUAGUGUGUUCACAAUGUAUACUUGACUUUCAUUGCGACCAGUAUUCGUGGCAUUGUCGUACCCAGGGCCCUUCUUACGCGCGGUACGACGAGGGGCUCUGGCCAAAUCCAAAUCAUUUACAGAGAUGUUUAACUUUAAGACACUUAUUCUGAGCAAACAAAUCAGUUCUACUGUAUAAUCAAAGGACUGGGUAUUAUUUUCUCAACAUUGCUAUAAUAAAUGUUUCAUUUGAUGUGUUGUACGACCCAUACAGCUACUACAGCUGCAUUGUUUCUGACAUUUUGAGGUUUGCGAUCGACGUCUCAAAAACACAUUCGAGGUCGCGAGUUCAAAACCUAGCCGCGGCAGGCAAUAUCUUUCUGCUUGCGCGCGGUCUGGAAAUUAUGAAAUACACGCUCGAGGUAACUGGCCGAAAUGUGACGGAAAAUGAAAUUUGUUCGAGUUAGCGAGGAGUUCGAAUUAAACGAAUCCAAGUUAUAGCGGGAAAUAUAGACUUCGAUGUCAUCCGAGGAUGUGUCUCACUCUUAAAAUGAUAUUAAUAUAUACACGCUCACAUUGCUUUCUUUCCUAAUUUUUUUACUAGAGCGCUAAAACUGCUAUUGAAGGACCUUCAGGUAUGCAAAUAUCCGCUUUAUCAGAUAUAUAUGCCAGGAGGUGUUUAUAUAAAUGAGAGCCAGAGCUUUGACUUGGUGUCCUAUAGGUAAGCUACGGAAAUCAUUCUUAUUUAUAAUGUAUAAUUUCUUUCUUUCGUUAUUUAGUUUACUUGCGCACAAAACGCGCAAUAUUUUCGUGUGUUGCAUCGAGCAUUGGUGACGGGUGGUGUGACCACGCCUGCAACAAAGCUGCACACAAAUUCGACGGAGGCGACUGUUGUAAACACUCGUGCAAGUCAACCACAUAUUCAUGUGGUUCUGGUGGCUACGACUGUAAGGCAAACAAGGUUCCAGUCUGGUUCUUGGUCCACACCAAACUCUGUUACCAGUGGUACCCGGACGGCGAUGGAGGUCAGUGUGGUGCGGGCGAACCCAGACAUCUUUGCGCGAACGUCAACGCGGCCACCCGAUAUUACCGAGACGACACGGACAACAGAGGAGGCGGUUGUCGCAUGAGCUGGUCCAUCCAAUCACCUUACAGCCCACAGUGGUUCAAGAACGUGCAAAUAUGCUACCGAUGGUACCCGGAUGGUGACGGCGGUCAAUGUGGCGGUGGGGCAGCGCGCCUGCUGUGUGCCCCGGUGGGUAAAUACACGCCGGUCUACCGAGACGACACCGACAAUCGCGGCGGUGGGUGUAGAAUGUCUUGGCAGCUCAAACUACCAUCCGUGCAUAGUUGGUGGGCGAGGAAUAUCCAGUUUUGCUACGAAUGGUAUCCAGAUGGUGAUUGUGGACAGUGUGGAGGUGGUGCUGCUCGCAAGCUUUGUGCCAAAGCGAACAACUGGACUCCUUACUACAGAGAUGAUACCGACAACAGGGGCGGCGGAUGUCGCAUGAGAUGGGGCCUUUAUUACAAGUGAAACAAAAUUAUACUGACUUGUAUUACUAUAGUGUUUAGUCUUUCUAAGAUUUUGAUGUUGCUGUAGUGUAGUUGUGCUUGCGUAAUCCUGCUAUAAUUUUGCAUAAUCUUUUCUAAUUUCAUAAUUUUAAGUAUGCAUACAACAACAUGAUAUAAAAUACAAAAAAACAGUAACUCCGAAUAACAUUUUGUUUUGAUUUGGAGGCGAAACCCGGAACUAAACCAUGGCGCUAAAGCAUCUAAAGAAUUGAUCAUAUUUCACUGACAUUAAGCUCCGCCUUUCUUCUCUUUAUAUAUAGCUGUAUUUGUAAUCUUACACUAAUCCUGAAGAUGACUACAAUCUAGUCGGAACGUAGAUUCAAUAAAUCAAAACAAAAUGUUAUUCGGAGUUACUGUUCUUUUGUAUUUUAUUAAAAUACUGAGUGGUUCCAGUAAUUAACAUGAUAUAGCACUUGUAGUUUUUGUUAAUUUUGUAUUGUGUGACAUUUUUUUACGGUACGUAUGAAGCGCUCAAAACUAAUAUACGAUUUGCAUGCCGUUAUAAAUGACUACAUUCAAAUAUUUCGAUACUUUUCUCAAUCGGCAAACAAACUUAAAAAGUAUGUAUGUUUAUGUACUUAUACUCCUUUAUCUGUAAACUAAUGCUAAAUGAAACGAUUUAAAAGGUAUGCCAACGGAGAAGAUUAUGUCUGAAAUUCAGUACGUUUUGCUCAUAUUGCUGUAAUUAAUAAAUUUUGGGCAUCACUGAUCCUUUUUAUUUAAAACUGACAAUUUUUUGCUAUUAUUUUAUGUUUCUCCUGACCGGCAAAUGCAUUUAAAAACGCAGCUAUGACUGUUUAAACUAGAGAAUAAAACUAGUACAAAGAAAUUUUGAGAAGAAUUAAAAUACUUCUCAUCGCGUAUAGGCUACAUAGAAAAAAUUUAACUUUGAAACAAAUGAUAGCGAUAUAUUAAUUUUAUUUUAUUACAACGAUGUUUCGAUGCAUCAUUUUCAAGUUAAAGAUAACAAUUAGUCAUGUUUAGCUUUAAUUCUUAGCUUUACCUUGAAAAUGAUGCAAGAAGCAUCGAAACGUCGUUGUAAUAAAAUAAAAUAAAAUAAAAUAAACGGAAAUUAAAUUAUAUAUAAUUUCGACGAGCCACAUGCAAUCUCCAGUGUAAUUUGUAGUGAGUACUAUAAUUUCACCAGUUUGUUUUGCUGGCUAAUCAUGAACCUUAGUAACUUUUUGUAAGCUUUACAAUUUAUAUGAAUAAAC